CUCCAAUGAGUCCUUGUCCUUUACAAUGAAGACUUCUGGUGUCAGCUGCUCCCCUUCUAGCAGGAAUUGGGAAGGAAAGUUCAAAAGUCCCCGGAUCUGCCCAGUACAUUAUGUCAGCUGUCAAUGACACCAAAUUCAACUCUGCAGUGUUCCUUCUCACUGGGAUACCUGGGCUGGAAGACAUCCAUCUCUGGAUCUCCAUCCCCUUCUGCUUAAUAUAUGUUAUUUCAAUAGUAGGAAAUUCAGUCAUUCUGUUCAUUAUAAAAACAGAUCCAAGCCUCCAUGAGCCCAUGUACAUUUUCCUUUCCAUGUUGGCCGUCACAGACCUUGGCAUAUCCAUAACCACCAUAUCAACAAUACUGGGCAUUUACUUGUUUAACUCUAGGGAGAUCAGCCUCAAUGCCUGUUUAGCCCAGCUGUUCUUCAUCCAAUUGCUUCAAUACACUGAAUCCUCUCUGCUGUUGCUGAUGGCCUUUGACCGCUUCAUCGCCAUCAAUAACCCGCUGAGAUAUGCUUCCAUCUUAAACUCACAGAGGAUAGCGAAGAUGGGACUGGUGGCUGUGCUAAGAGCGAUGGUCCUAAUACUUCCUCUUCCCUUUCUCCUGAAACGGUUGCAAUACUGUCGAGCCAAUGUCCUUUCCCAUUCCUACUGCGUGCACCGAGACGUCAUGAAGAUGGCUUGUUCGGACAUCACAGUCAACAGCAUCUAUGGAUUGUUCACUAAACUCUUCCAGAUGGGGUUGGACUCACUGCUCAUCUUUCUCUCUUAUGUGAUGAUCCUCAAAACAGUGCUGAGUAUCGCGUCCUACGAGGAGUGCCUGAGGGCCCUGAACACUUGCGUCUCUCACCUCUGCACCCUCCUGCUCUUCUACACACCAGAGAUCAGCUUGUCUGUGAUACACAGAUUUGGGAAGGGCUCUUAUCCCUUACUUCAGAGUCUCUUGGGCUACAUGUCCCUGCUUCUCCCAUCACUGAUGAACCCAAUUGUGUACAGCUUGAAAAGCAAACAACUUCGCGUCAGGAUAAUCAAGUUGUUCAUGAAGUGAAGAGUCAGUUCACCAUCUGGCUCCAGUGACAUGUGUUAGGAUAUAGAUAUUCAGGCCUGUCUGUAAAUUCUUAUACUUUCAGUAGAAUGAUUGGUUAAGGUAUAGCUGAGAAUACUACUAUAUAAA